AUGGAGAAGACGGCAGCAUCUCGAAAGUGGUACCAAAUCCACUGGUUCUCUCCAGAUGACACCAAAGAGGAACGCAAGCUCAUCACCAAACUCGAUCUGCUGAUUGUGCCGUAUGUGUUUCUUGCGUACUGGGUCAAGUACAUCGAUCAGGCAAACAUUAACAAUGCAUAUGUCGCGGGUCUCAAGGAAGAUCUGGGCUUCAACGGGAACCAACUGGUACAUGUCCAGACCAUCUACGUUGUGGGCGCCGUUCUGGGUCAGGUUCCGUUCCUGUUCCUCUUCACUCGCAUACCAAUGCACUGGCUAGUCCCCUUGCUCGACAUCUGCUGGGGGAUCUUCACGUUGCUGCAAUAUCGGGUGAAUGGCUAUGCUGAAUUGAUGGCAUACCGCUUUUUGGUGGGCUGGUUCGAGGCUGCGUAUUUCCCCGCGGUCCAUUUCAUCUUUGGCUCGUGGUAUCGUGGAAAUGAAAUCGCUCGCCGUGGCGGUUUCUUCUAUGUUGGCCUGACUCUGGGAACACUUACUGCAGCGCUCCUGCAGUCCGCGGCUUCAGAGCAGUUGGAAGGGGUCGCCGGUUUGGCAGGCUGGCGAUGGAUGUACAUCAUCUGUGCUCUGAUCACCAUUCCCGUCGGCUUCCUAGGCUACUUUCUCCUUCCUGGGACUCCAGAUAUUCCGAACCGACUGUUCCUCAAGGAACAUGAUCUCGUUCUCGCGAAGAAGCGCCUUCAACGCACCGGGCACGCAACAUCUGGCAAGUUUACGUUUGGCACUCUGAAGAAAGUGGCCGUGUCCUGGCAAGUGUGGGCUUUUCUGCUGCUCGACAUCUUCUUCUGGAACGGAAGCAUCAACACGUCGACGGGCGGAUAUCUGCUGUGGCUCAAGAGUCUGAAGCGGUACUCAGCAGGGCGUCUGAACCAGCUCGGGGCCAUUUCCCCGGCCUUGGGCAUCUUUUACGUCCUCUUCGUCUGUUUCUCCUCGGACCUCCUCUGGGGUCCCGCGUGGGCGAUCACGGUCGCCCACGUCUGGAAUAGUAUUGGAUUGAUCAUCCUCGUGAUAUGGGACGUACCUGAGUCGGCGCUGUGGUUCGCCUUCAUGACCACCUACUCGGCCGUCGCCAUGUCCAGCGUACUCUACGGAUGGGUCAACACGCAGCUCCGAUAUUCUCCCGCCGAGCGAUCGUUCACGCUGGUGCUGAUCAACACGGUGGCGCAGUCCACGACGGCGUGGACGCCCUUGUUGGUAUUCAAGACGGUCGAAGCCCCCAGGUUCGUCAAGGGCUAUCCGUUCGUGCUCGGUAACGCCGUCUGCUUGAUCCUGUUCGCACACUGGAUCUCGUGGUACAUCAAGAGGCGAAGGUACGGCAAGUUGGCCAUCGUUUUCUCUUCUCACCCUCUUCCUCCUGGAUUUUAG